CCGAAACGGUGCAGGGCUUCAGUCUGGCCCGGCGGGUCCGGCUCCAGCUGGACCUGAGCCGGCGGUGGGAGACCGAAUGGAUUGUGUAGAUGAAUAUCCCUACACUCCUUUUGACCUACAAUGUUUGUUAAAUUCAUUUCCUGGAGACUCAGAGUGUAAGCAGAUCUUCAGUGACAUCGAUGAACAGCUCGAGCAAAAUGCUGCCAGCAUCGAGCACUGCAUUACAGAAAUACAGAAGGAAGUGAACAAACAGUGUCCAGAUGUGCAGCUGCCAACAGCAGCGGACUGCUUUGAAUGGCUGACUCGCUGUAGUUACAGUACGUCCAAGCCACCUUCCAUUCCCCAUGGAGAUUUGAUAAAAUUCCUUGAAACAAUGCAAGAUUUGUUGAAGAAUGAACAAAAUCAAGAAGAGAUGAUACUGGAUUUACUUUGGGACCUGUCCCUCCAGAGCAGUAUUUCAUUACCAUCAACUUUAAGCGAAACACCUUUUUAUUGCCUGUCUAGCACUUCUCUUCAUUCUGUUGAAGAUCAUUCCUCAAUGGAUGUGAAGUCUAUAUGGGAUGACAUAAGACUGCAGCUUCGACGCUUCUUAGUGAACAGAUUACAAAGCCACAAUGAAAUAAACAGUUCACAGCAAAAAAUUGUUCUGAAAACUCAGUGCAUACAACAACUCUUGUUUCUCUAUCCAGAAUCAGAAGUUAUCGUCAAGUACCAAAACAUACAGAAUAAACUGUUGGCUAAACUUCUGCAGAACACCUUUCCUUCUUACAGCAGAGAUUUAAAUUUAGAUGUAACAGCUCAUGGAUACCAAGGUACAAUGCUUAAGUUAUAUUCAAUGAUAAAAGAGGACUUCAGCAUACUAUGUGAAAUUUUAGCUCCAUCUUUAACAGUGAAAUUCAUUAAAGAAACUUACUUGGAUACAGUUACAGAAGAAAUGGGAAAAUUUCUUGAAAACUUUUGUGAGCUGCAGUUCAAAGAAAAUGUUGUUCGUGCAGUUAAAACAAGCAAGAGCUCCAGCAAGCAUAGAGGAGCAGUGCAUGCCUUGGUUACUCCUGAAUUCCCACAGAAAGGAAGAAACCUUUCUCUAUCCUCAGAUGAACUCAAAUUCUUAUCACAGCUCAUAAAAUCCUUUUUGGAGCUAGAAAACAACAUUCAAGAAUUAUUUGAAGCAAUGUUUUUGCCAGUUAAGAUGUCCAGGGAUACUUCAGGAAUUUUGGAGAAAUCCAAUCAGGAAAUUAAAAUAGAGAAACCAAAUGAAACUAGUAUUCCUUCAGAGCAAUUGCUACCAGUAAAAGAGGCUACUUUAUUGGAUUUUGGCUGGAGAAAUGCAUUUAAAGAGGUGUCUCUCCCCAUAGCACAGUGCCUUACGACGACAGUUGAAGAUUUUUCCACAGAAAUUCUCCAACAGGAACAGAGCGCGAGGUCCUCAGGUGUGAGCUAUGCUAUAACCCUUGUAAAUGUCCAACAAAUCUGGCAAGACAGUCACGUGUUUCCUGAGGAAGAACAACCAAAGAAAAUCGCAAAGUUUGGCUCUGACAUCAUGGAAAAACUUGACACAAUGCUUCCACUGGCUCUGGCAUGCAGAGAUGAUUCUUUUCAGGAAAUUAGAGCAAACUUGGUGGAGGCCUGUUAUAAAGUGGCAACAGCUGUCCUGGAAAGACUGCAGCAGAGAAGCAAGGAGGUUCCUUCCAGAGCACCCCUGAAAAACCUGCUCACGGUGCUCUCCACAGCAGUGUGUGUCUCCCAGUACUUCACCCACUAUGAUAAUUUGAUGAAAGGAACUACUCAGAAACCCGUAUUCCUGGUGCCUGUCCAACGAUAUCAGGAAUUCAUCAACACUCUACAGUUUCAAGUUACGGACUACUGCAUCAGAGUUUGUGCUACAAGCAUUUUACAGGAUGCUGAGAGCCACCACUGGGAUGACUACAAAGCUUUUUAUGAGGGGGAAAGGUGCUCCUUCUCAAUCCAGAUGUGGCAUUAUUUCUACUGGGCUCUUCAUCACGAUCUUUGGACCAUUCUUCCCCCUAAGUUAGCCCAGGAGAUCCUAGCAGAAGUGCUCGAAAAAUCCUUGGGUCUACUGGCUUCCAGAUAUGCUCAGGCCCACCCAAGUUAUAAAAGAACUCCACAAAUAAGACUUGAUGUCACAACAAUUUUGAUAUGCACAGAGAAAAUGUUAUGGUCAGUUUGUACAUCUGUACAGAGGCUUUUGAGUCCUCAGGAGUAUAAGGAUGAUAAAAUUUUUAAAAUUCAUAUCCAUUGUAACGAUCUGCUUACAACAUUAGCCAUUUUGACUUCACCAUUAAGAGAAUUAUAUAAGACUUUUCAGCAUGGCAUGGAUGAGUCUGUUUCAGAUCGCUCAAAGUCACCUUUCAACCAACCAUUACACUGGGUUUCUUGUUUAUCACAUUUCUACCCUUCUUUACUCAGGACUCCAUCCGCUGGAGAACUGAAAGCUGAGGGUCAAUUGAAACUGCUGUUAUCCCAGCCAGGUUGUAACUGGAAUCUCCUUCUGGAAACCCUACUGUGUAAUGACGGACUUUUACCAAGAAUCUUGUUGAAGAGCUCAAAAUGUACCUUUCAUGAACAAAUUUCUGACAUAGAAAAUUAUCUGAGCCAAGCAUCCAGCCUGAUAGAAGCCAUCUUUAAAGUACUGUACCAUUGUAAUUAUUCUCCACAAGUAUUUGGAAAUGUUUUUGUGAGUUACAUGGAAGAAGAACAACUAUGGGACAUCUUAUAUAACAUUCCAGUGUGUAUGGAGUCCGAGCUGGAGGUCAUCCGAUGCUUGCGACUGGCUCUGACUGAUGCCGUCAAGGGCAUCGUACAGCAGGUAAUAUCCUUAAUGAGCUGUGGAAGAACCUAUGGAACAGACCUGAACAACCACAGUGUUCCGAAUCGUUUGCUGGAGAGCAUGCCUAAAGAAUGGAAUUAUAUUCCAAAAGAAACAAAAAAGAAAGAAUCAAGCAAAGGCUUCGCCAGGCUUGCUGCUCAGGCAGUAUCUAUUGUAAUCAGCAAGUUACCUACGGUGAUUGCAUGUUUGCCUCCCCCAAUUAAGUACUUCUUUUUUCUGUCUGAGAGAAAAAUGUCAAAAAACUUUGUUGCACAGAAGAAAGCUGGCCUGCUCGUCUGGAACUUGAUUGUAAUUAUACGUCGGAUAUUUGAGGAUGGAAACACUGUGGAACUUUUAGCAGGUGUCUGCCUUGACAGACGGAGUAAGGAAAAGCUUGGCUUAAUUUGUGUGUGUUUGGAAAGCAUCAUGGGAGGGCAAAGUAGUCCUCAUCACAUGACCCGAAAGGUCAUACAGAGCAUUCAGCAGCAAAAGCCCGACUGGAUUGAACACCAACUGUUGAAAGCAAGGAAGUUAAGCACUGAAUGCGCAUUUGUGGCAAUGGAGAAAAGCACAGUCUUAGAAGAAGGAGAUACUUCUCUUGAACUGACUGAGCAGAAAAUCAACACGAUGGUCCUGGAUCUCUGCCACAAACCAGGUGGCAGCAAGUACCUGAGGCAAAUUUAUCACAUCAUGCAGCUCAAUGAGGAAUACUUAAAAGAACAGCUGUUUUCUAUGAAUGGUUCAGAGGAAAAGCCAUUACCCACUCGACCUUUGAAGAUGACCGUGCAGAGUGUGGAAGAUCAGCCUUCUGUCUUUAACCCUUUCCAUGUGUAUGAGGGUUUUAGAGAAAACAUGCUAGAUCAGUCAGCCAUCAUGAAAUGGGACUGGAAUUGGUCAAAGUUGCUGCCAAAUUAUCUGGGACUGGAUAAGAUGACCUUCAAUGUACUGCUCAAAAACAGUGAAAAGACCUGGGACUGUUCUGCUGCUGGACUUCGCCUGGAGCCCUCUGAAAUCAAAUGACAACCUGGCCUGCCUGCUUCUGUUUGCCAGAGCACAGCCCCAUUCACCUCACUCACCAACCACUGGCUCACAUUCUCACUGCUGCUUUAGACUUUCCACUCUGCUAGCUAGUCCUGCCUGUUACAUGCGCUGCACUGGGCUGCUGGCUUGGAGCAGAAAUUUAAACUACACUCACCUUUAAGAAAUUUGCUGCACUGUAGAACAUACAGGAACCUAAGAAGAACUUGUAAAUUUUAAUAAACAUUUUAAAUAUUUUAUUUGCAGAAUACUAUUCAGAAAUUGUCCAAGUGUUACAUUUUGUUUGAUUAAUUUAAGUGGAUAGUAAUAAAAGUCUGUCCUUACCCAUACACAAACAUGUAUACAAUAAUACUUAACUUCUUUUUGGUUCUAACAAUGUGCAAGUAACUGCAGUAAGAAUUUCAGGGAUUAUUUCUAAUUUAGUAUUAGUAGCAGGCUUAUGAGAUAAGUACUAUUAUCUGUAUUUUACCAAUGAAGAAACUGAGACAAGGAGUGGCUAUGUAAGUUACUUAGUUUAAGGUCAUAUAGUGACUGAUAAAGCCAGGAUUUGAACCCAAACUGCAGGGCCUCAGUGCUUAUCCACACAAGAGAAUAUUUAAUAAAACAAAUAAUUUACGAACUAUUUUUGUUUGUAUUCUUUGUCUUUUUUUGGCCAAUGAAUAUUUAUCAGGUAUCCACCCUGAGCUAGUAACUUCACUGGGUUCUGGGGAUACUGUAGCAAGUAAAGUAGAAAAGACUCUUUCCUAAUGGGUUACGUUCCAUGUAAACUCUGAACUAAUCAGUGCGUUAAGUCUCCCUGGCCUUUAUGGUCGGUUCAGAAGUAAGCACAUGAUCCAAGCCAUGUGUAAGAAAUGCACAUUUUUUGGAAGUAAACAACAUGUCAUUUGUUGAGUUUAAAUUCUAGAUUGUGGUAGGGUUUGUCAUACUGUUUCCAAGUCAAGGGCUUUUUUUUUUUUUUUUUUAAGCUGAUUGAUCUAAUUGAAGACAAUAAAAGUAAAGUACUAGGUUAGAGAAAGGAAUGUCAUUGAUAUAUUUCUUUGACUUGUUGAUCACUUCUAGACAUGGGUUGCAUGACAAAUGUGGUUAAAAGGAAAAAGAAAAGAAGAUGUCUAUUAGAUCUGUACUUAUCUCUCAGUGAAGAGACCAAUUUGAAUUAAUAAACUAGGCAUUUUUGAAGAGAAAUAGCCAUUUCUAGUUCAUCUUAAGAUGCCCAAGGCAAUGCGGUCGGGGCUGGACAAAAAUUUGUUAGAUAAACAAACAGAUGAAUAAAGAUGUGGCAGCAGGAUGUUGACAGUUUUGCUAAGCUAAUACUUCAUGUAUUCAAAAAUAUGUAUUGAGCACUUACUGUGUGCAUGAGGAGUGAGUGAGUGGCCUUCAGUAAGUUCACACCAGGGAUGGAAAAAACAAGUUUGCCCAAGAAUAACAGAAUGCCAGGGUUUAGCAACCUUAUUCCAUAAGAGGCACAAAUAAAAUAUGAGUGGGAACUCCUUGAGAAAGGGAUGCUUACUGAGAACUUGGGCACCAUUUCUGGAGCAGGCUGCUGAUCUCCACCUGUGCAGGUGUGACUGAGCAAUUAGGCAGAGCAUGACCAACUAUGCUUUGUCCUGGAAUACAUUACGAACAUUCUCCUUUCAUUGGGGACUGCAGCUGCUACUGCCUCUUAGUCUCAUUUGGCCCAAUGCCUUUGCUCUGAAAGAGCCGCCCUGUUUCUAUUUGUAGCAUAGCAGACUAAUCUGUCUGCUGCUGUGCUUUCUCAGCAGUCAACAACUUUGCCACAUUUUUCUGAAAUUUGAAAUUCAGUGCAAAGUGUUGCUGCUGCACCUCCCCUGGCGGUUGCCUCACUUUCUUCCCCAGACCACAGCUGCCUGAGUGUUCUGCAGCCACCAUCACCCCCAACCCGCAAAGGUUGUGUUGUGACAACACAGUCAGUGAUAGUGAACUGGCUCCUUUCCAGCACUGUGCCUUUGGUGCUCCAGACUCACAGAAAACACGCCGUGAUAGCUGCACUCAUAAUUCAUUUUCUAGAGCCAGUUAAUGAGUUAGAGAGUUGUCCUUAAAAAUCUUGCCUGAGAUUCAGAAUCACAGCAAGGUGAGGGAGACAUCUCCUCCAUGAGUCCUCCUUAAUUUGAAAUUUUAAAAGAAUAAUUAUUCUUCCACUUAAAACUGAGCAUCAGCUGACUUGUUUCUGAUAGGACACUUGCUGCUUUCUGGAUGUUUUUAAGCCUUACUAUCAGUAUCCUGCUGGGUAUGGUAAUGGUCAAGUAUUUGAAGCAGAGUGAAUAUGAAAGUGAGCUCCCACUCACAUAACUAGCUUGAUAUCAUCUCACCUUCCUUUCUUCCUUCAUAUUGCUUCAUUGGCUCACUAACUCACCAAUAUUAGUGGAGCAUCUACUGCAAUAAUUCUCAGAUCUUUGAGUUCAGGAGUCUUAAAUUCUUACAAAUUAUUGAGGACCCCCCCCAAAGAACUUUUGUUUGCAUGGAUUAUAUCUAUAUUUACCAUAUUGGAAAUUAUAUUAGUUACUUUCUCAUUACUAAGACACAGUACCUAACACACAGUUUAAAGUAGGAAAGGUUUGUUUUGGCUCCCAGUUUGUAGAGGUUUCAGUCCAGAGUCUGCUGGCUCUAAGGCAGGGUGACAUGGCAGAAGAGAAGCAGCUUAUGGUGUAGCAAGCAGGAAGCCAAGCAAAGAUCAGGAGGAGGAGGGAUAUAUAUCCUUCCAGCUCACCCCAACAGUGACCCACCUCAUUCCACCAGACUUCACCUUCCAACAUCACACCCAACCGAAAACCCAUCAGUGGUCUAAUCCAGUGAUCCAUGAUCCGGUUACCUCCCAAAAGAUCUACUUAUAUGGACAUGAGCCAUAAGGAAGACAUAAACCUAACAGAAAUUAAAACUGCGAUGCUUUAAAAGUAUUUAAUUUGCUUGACAAUAGCAAUGUAGUGAUUAAAUUUUAACACAAAUAAUGUAUUGCAUGAAAUAAGAUAUUUUCCAUACUCUCCCCAAAAGUAGUAAUAAGAGUGUCGUUGCUUUACAUUUUUACAAAUAUGUUUAUGUAUGGCUUAAUACACCUGGAUUCUUUUCUCUGCUUCUACAUUGAAUGUACUUUGGUAUGUGCUUUGAUUGAAGUAUGUGAAGAAAAUCUGGCUUCACACAUAUGUGUAACUGGAAAAGAAAGGAAGAUUUUUAUUACCAUUUCUAGUACUUUUGGAUAUUACUUUUGAAUAGUGAAUCAAAAUCCAGCAACUGGUAGUUUCUAAAAGUUUAGUUGCAAUGUAAAAUCUGAAACCAUACCUUACACUUUGAGUCUUUUACCUUGAAAGAUUAAAAACAAUUAUGUAUUGUUCAUUUGGAAACUACUGACCUAUGGAGUUGUAUAAUCUUCAAAUAUUGAUACAUUUAUUAUCCAGUAUCAAAAUAUCCCUGUGAUCUCACAAAAAAUGAAAUAGUAAGAAGCUAACAAGUUUAUGGUAGUAGAUGUAAGUUUUCCAAAAUUCUGAUAUUGCGUGGGUGUUGAAUUUUAUCAUUGGCAGCAAACAGUGCCAAUAGUUUUCCUUAAAAUGACAGUCAUGCUUUGCUUUCUUUGAAAAUGUGUCUGCCAAAUAUCUUUAGUUAUAAUAGUUGUUUUUCCAUGUAAAGCUGAUAUGCCACGAUGAAAGUAGCCUGCUCAACCUGCACCUCAACAUAAGUGCUUUCUUCCUAGGUAGCAUUGACUUUGAGGAUUUUUACUGAUGAGCUUUUUGUGUAUUCUCAUUUCAUAACGCAAUGUUAGAAAAGAUGACUGUGCAAGAAUAAUGACUCAAUAUAAACCUUCUGUUUUCUUUUUUCUGCUUCAUCUAGAGCAUUCCUAAGUGAUAGUGGCUUUUUAAAAAAUAUAAAAGCAUAAGGCAAUGGGUAUGAGCAGAUGAUGGUACCACUGCAUUGACUUGUAGAAGCACUGGCGGUUUUUCUCACCAUUGCUUUUGCACCAUCAGUGCAAGUCUCAACAAAAUGAAAAAGGCAAAUAACAUUCUAGCAUUAUUAUUUAAAUUGUUUUCAUUUCCUGGAAAGUUCUUGGGGGCUCACAGGGACCACUACGUACUGUCUGCAUAAAAUUGUUCCAAUAGUAACUCUAGGCAAAAAAAAAAAAAAAAAAAAAAAAAAAAA